AUGCCAACUAGGUAUUUGCUUUCACCCUUCCUGCUUUCCCACAUCUUAUAUCUACUAAAACAGACGAAGACAGGUGGCAUUGCAAUGCCCACACAUGCUUGACUCGUGUUAACUUAAAAAAAGACAUUUCACUAUGUGUUUUGUUGUUGUCGGUCCUCACCUGUUGAAUACAACUUCCCCUAAACCCUUAAUGCUGACACAUCCUGCAUCUCUCUCUCUCUCUCUCUCUCUCUCUCUCUCUCUCUAUUUCUCUCUCUCUCCAGGUGUCGGGAUGGAUUCGUAGGAAACAGGUGUCAGCACCGGGACCCCUGCACCUACUCUCCGUGUAAAAAUGGCGGCUCGUGUCACGUGGUGCCCAAUGGGAGCUCAGUGGAAUCCACGUGUUUCUGCCGACCGGGCUUCACGGACCGCCUGUGUCUGACGCCAAUCGACAACGCCUGUCUCAGCUCUCCCUGCCGGAACGGUGGCACCUGCGAUCUGGUCAACCUCCGAGAGUACAAGUGUAGAUGUCCCCCUGGCUGGUCAGGUAAACAUAUUUAAUACUCACACUGUAGUCAGAAUACUGGAGGGAAAAGCUGCAUACUCUAGUAGUAACAAAUAUCAUUACUAACUGGCCUUCUGUUCAUUGAAAAAUGUAAACUGACCAUGGUUACAUUACAACUUACUGUAGUGCAUUAUUUUCCUUAAAAUACAAGCAGCUAUGUAUGUAAAGUAGUGAUGGGGGACAGAAAAUCGAUACAGUUACAUGUCGGGAUAUUAUUUUUGACGAUAUAUUGCAUUGUUUUGACAAUAUCGCAAUAUAAUUUUUGUGCUAGUUGGCUGUACCUGCACCAAAACUCCAGUAUUUUUCCUUCAUAGCUUGUUCUCCAUCUUUUUAAAUAGGGAGCCUAUUUGUUUUCAGCACUUUUAUUUCCAAUGACUGAUCAAAACUUGUUUUCUCAUGGCUCUCUCUUGUCUCUCUGCAGCAGACAUAUGGUGAGCAUUAUCGAAACAUUGAAUCGCAAUAAAAUCACAGUAUCAAAUCGCAAUACAUAUAGAAUUGUGAGAAUUUCAAUACAUAUUGUAUCGGCACCUAAUUAUCGUGAUAAUAUCGUAUCGUGAGGUCCCUGGCAAUUCCCAGCCCUAAUGUAAAUAAAGUUAAAACUGUGAAUGUUUUGGGGGAUUUAUUAAAUUUUUCAUCCUUUAUUUACAAGAUGAGUGUGUCUCCUCCAGGCAAGCAGUGCCAGCAGGCAGACCCCUGUGCCUCUAACCCCUGUGCCAACGGCGGACAGUGCACCCCCUUCGAGUCCCACUACAUCUGUUCCUGCACCCCCUUCUUCUACGGACAGACCUGCAAGCAGGACGUCAAUGAGUGUGCCCAGAGCCCCUCGCCAUGCAAGAACGGAGGGGUGUGUGUGAACGAAGUGGGCACCUACCGCUGCCAGUGUCCCCAGGAGUACACAGGCAAGCACUGUGAUACCCGCUACCUACCCUGCAACCCCUCCCCCUGCCACAACGGCGGCACCUGCGUCCAGAAGGGAGACACCACCUACGAAUGCUCCUGUGUGCCAGGUACUGUUCUGUUUAAUGUGGUCCUGUCUGAUCCACUAUGGGCAGAAGCCUGUGUGCCAGGUACUGUUCUGUUUAAUGUGGUCCUGUCUGAUCCACUAUGGGCAGAAGCCUGUGUGCCAGGUACUGUUCUGUUUAAUGUGGUCCUGUCUGAUCCACUAUGGGCAGAAGCCUGUGUGCCAGGUACUGUUCUGUUUAAUGUGGUCCUGUCUGAUCCACUAUGGGCAGAAGCCUGUGUGCCAGGUACUGUUCUGUUUAAUGUGGUCCUGUCUGAUCCACUAUGGGCAGAAGCCUGUGUGCCAGGUACUGUUCUGUUUAAUGUGGUCCUGUCUGAUCCACUAUGGGCAGAAGCCUGUGUGCCAGGUACUGUUCUGUUUAAUAUGGUCCUGUCUGAUCCACUAUGGGCAGAAGCCUGUGUGCCAGGUACUGUUCUGUUUAAUGUGGUCCUGUCUGAUCCACUAUGGGCAGAAGCCUGUGUGCCAGGUACUGUUCUGUUUAAUGUGGUCCUGUCUGAUCCACUAUGGGCAGAAGCCUACAUUUACAUUACAUUUAAGUCAUUUAGCAGGCGCUUGUAUCCCGAACGAUUUACAAUCAGUCCAUUCAACUACGAAAAAGUUGAGUUAUGUGAGAUUAUAUUAAGUUAGGAUUUGACCCUGUACUAACUUUCAACUUAAGUGUUUUCUCCGCCAGUCUAUCCACUUCAAGCCAUCUUGUCUCAAUUAAACAUCCAAAACCACUGUGAAAUAAACUAGGUGUACUGUCCUCUGUUGUGUAGUGGCUGGUCAAGAUGUCAUGAUGUGAGUACAGGAGGAGGAAACUGUGUGUGUGUGCAGUGGCUCCACAGUGGUGUGUGUGUGUGUGUGUGUGUGUGUGUGUAUGCGUGUGUGUGUGUGUGUAUGCGUGUGUGUGUGAGCUGUGUGUGAACAGAGGGGAGCAGGAAAGCAUUGGGCCUCAUUGUGAGGAAAUGGCUGAGGGACAACAUUCUCACAGCAGAGCAGAGCCUGCUAGUCCUGUAGACAGGGUUACCAGGACUAGUCAUCCUCUCUCCCCUCUCUCUGCUCCCCACCCAUCACGUCACCACUUCCACCCUGCUCCAAAGCCAGGCUGGGAUAGACAGACCUCCACUGAGCUCCUAGCAAGCGCCACACCACUCUCUUUGUGCCUUACACACUAUUUUGGACGGCUCUCACAGUAACUCCAGUACGAAAGAGAAAUCAUUUAUAUUAUGAAUCAAGACAAGUACUCCCAUCAUCAAUAUUCCAAUGAAGCUCAGAUUCUACUUCCACAAAAUUGGCAGUAUUGCCUAUUAAAUGUCCCUGUCUUUUUCUUCUGCAGUCAGGGUGCCAAACAAUAGUGUGCUGGUGUGUUGUGUAAUGCCAGGGCAGGAAGGGUAGCUGUGGUCUGGCUGGCUGUUUUUCUGACUGCCACAGACUCAAGGAGGGUUGCCACCGCUGCCAUUCAUUAUCCUCUGAAGAAGGAGAACGUUGACCGCAUUAACUGUAAAAGAGUUUCACUUCUCUUGUUUUGAAAGAAACCAACUACGCAUUUUUUUAACAAGGAAAAACAAAGAGAGUGAUCCAAGGAGACAGAAAUAUUCAGAUAUCCAAUCUUCCUUGAUAUUCCCUUUUUAUUCAUGAAAAUCUAACAUGAUAUCUUCUGUUGAGAUGGGACUGAUAUUAAAAACAACAGUGUGUAAUAUGUGUGUAUUUAACAUUAUGUCCUGUCCUCUCCAGGUUUCUCGGGUCAGAACUGUGACACUAACAUUGACGACUGUCCAGGACACGAGUGUCACAAUGGAGGAACCUGUGUGGACGGGGUUAACACCUAUAACUGCCAAUGCAAACCAGAAUUCACAGGUAACCAUACAGUACCCCCCACCCACCCACUCAUCUCGACGCUCCAGGUAGAAGUUGCUCAUAAAUACAGAUCUAGGAUCAGAUUACUAACCCCCAAUCCUAACCUAGAUCAUGAGGUGAAUACAAACAUAUACUGUAUGACCCUGCAUCAGUCUUUAUGGGAUAACUUUGACCCUACUCUACAAUGGAAACCCCCUUUCUUUUCAUUCUUAUUCAUCUUUGACUCUAUUUUGACCCGUUUGUGUGCACUGUAACCUGUUUACAAGUGCAUUUCCCCCAUGUUCUCCCCUAUAGGCCAGUUCUGUACAGAGGACGUUGAUGAGUGCCAACUGAUGCCCAACGCGUGCCAGAACGGUGGAACGUGCCAUAACAUCUACAGUGCCUACCAGUGUGUCUGUGUCAAUGGGUGGACGGGUGAUGACUGUGGAGAGAAUAUUGACGAUUGCGCCAAUGCUGCCUGCGAUCAGCGUGCCAUCUGCCACGACCGUGUGGCGUCCUUUUUUUGCGAGUGUCCCCAUGGUCGCACAGGUCAGCCAAUAGACUUUGGUCUUCUUCAUUUCUCCUUGUUUUUUAAUUGUUCUGACCCUGAGCUUUUCACUCUUGUAUAUCUACCACCAUUAUAUGCUGAAACUUGUGUGUUUACUACAGUGAUACUAAAUUGGUAGCCUUUCCUUUUACAGUGCCAGCAGCACAUAUACUUUCACUGUAUUUACUGUAGCUAGUUAUUACAAGGUUGAAAAGGAAUAACUAAAUAAAUAACUUUAACGAAGCAAAUAACUGUAACGCCUAUCAACGUCUCCUGUUGUUCUUGUGCUGUGCCAGGUCUGCUGUGUCACCUGGAUGACGCCUGUAUCAGUAACCCCUGUCAGAAAGGCUCCAACUGUGACACCAACCCCGUCAACGGCAAGGCCAUCUGCACCUGUCCCCUUGGCUACUUUGGCGCCGCCUGUGACCAGGAUGUUGACGAGUGCUCACUGGGUAAGUAGACUCAGACCACUGAGGGAUGCUUUCAUAAACACACAUUAGAUCAAUACAGGAAUAGGCUUUAUUCUUCAUGGGCUUUAUUAUGCUUGGUUAGUCAAGAACUAGAAAUGGGAUUUCCUCGACCUCAGAGAGCAGAAACCCACUAAUGGGCCAGGGCUGACAGGGCUGGAGGGGAGGCCGGUAGAAAUCAGCCAGAGAGCGUCCGAGUAGCAGGAGGGCCGUGAGUAGAGAGGCAGACAGACAGCAACCACUACACAGCAGAGAGGCAGACAGACAGCAGCCACUACACAGCAGAGAGGCAGACAGACAGCAGCCACUACACAGCAGAGAGGCAGACAGACAGCAACCACUACACAGCAGAGAGGCAGACAGACAGCAACCACUACACAGCAGAGAGGCAGACAGACAGCAACCACUACACAGCAGAGAGGCAGACAGACAGCAACCACUACACAGCAGAGAGGCAGACAGACAGCAACCACUACACAGCAGAGAUGCAGACAGACAGCAACCACUACACAGCAUUGUGAAGGAGUACGCACUGCAACAUGUUUGUUAAGAUACACUCUAUCUCUCUGUGUGUCUAGGUGGCAACCCCUGUGAGCAUGGAGGGAAGUGCCUGAACACCAAGGGUUCGUUCCAGUGUAAGUGUCAGCCCGGCUUCUCUGGGGCUCGCUGUGAACACGAUGUCAACGAGUGCCUCUCCAACCCCUGCCAGAACGAAGCCACCUGCCUUGACCAGAUAGGAGGUUUCCACUGCAUCUGUAUGCCAGGUAACUGACACACACAAACACACACACACAGGCCCCAACUCAUGUACACACACGAUCAUGAAAGCACACUCUCAUGCAUGCACACACACGCAAACACACACACACUCACACAUAUGGUUAGUUACCUACAUCAGUAUAAUUUCUUCUUGUUAGCAAGUUCAAAGAUACCAUUUCAAUCAAAGGAUGACCACAAUCUAAACCUAUAUAUUUGAAGUCAGGCACUUUGGCAAUGUUACUGUACAAAUCUCAUGGUUAUCUAUCUAACUAACUAACUAACUAACUAACUAGUUGACUAACUGACUAACUAACUAACUGACUAACUGACUAGUUGACUAACCGGCCCUGUGUCUUGUUUCCCUUGCUAAUUGGCUACAGGCUACGAGGGACUGUUCUGCCAGAUCAAUACGGAUGAGUGCGCCAACAACCCCUGCCUGAACAAUGGGAAAUGUAUCGACAAGAUCAACACCUUCCAUUGCCAGUGCCCCACAGGUGAGCCCCAGCGCGCCGCGGCGGGCUGAGGGGGGUCGAUCAACCCCCUGGACGGGACGGGCGCAGGAGGCAGGCUCUAAUCCCUGCCCUCAGGCAGGCUUUAGCAGGCCAGCGCCCCACGAGGAGGAAAAUCCAUAAGGAAGGGCUUGAGGAAGUUUUCACUUAGAACAAGUUUUUACUCUGAUGAGUGUGCACUUAAACUUGGUUUGGAUGUAGCUAACCACAAUAACGUUAAUUGAGAGAGAAUUAAGGAAAGAAAGACUAAGAAUAGCAGCUGAAAUAGUGUUGUGUUUUCAUGUAUUACAUUUCUGUGUAGUUGUAGAAGCUGUUGUGGUGAGGUUUGAGUUUUGUGUGUAGUGAUUUGUUGCAUGUAGAAUCUAGAUGAUUUCAUGAGGUAUUUCUACAGGGAUUUCAUUGAGGUUGGACUACAGUAUGUGACAAGAGGCAUUGAGGGUUUGUUAGCAGAGGAAUGCUCUGAUAGAAGAACGUGAGGCUUUUUGUUUUCAUUCUUUCAGCAGGGCUAUUGAGGUGGAAGUAAUUCUGAAGGAAAAUAGUGCAGUUCUCAGUCGGUUCUGAUCAAAGACAGCUCAUAGAGAAAGGCAGGAAGCUCCUUGUGUUGAGAAAGUGCAGUUAGGAAGCUGAUGAAUUAAUAGUAGAGCGGUACAGCAAAGAACACAAGAGCUUAGCUGAUGAAAAGCCACCCAUAUCUAUAGGAUAGGGUAAGGGGGGCAGGAGAGAGGCCUGAAUGAGACAGUAGUGAAAGUGGAAGGGGUGGGAGGUGUUGGGGUACUGGAGGGGACUGAGACGCACAGACGGUUAUGCUCUAGAAGGGGUUAUGGGGUAGGGGCGGGGGCUGAGAGGGGAAUUUGGGGACCCCAUUGCCUGCUUGAGAUGUAAAUUUGUUCCUGUGUAAGCCCAGGCCGGGGUAGGGUAUGGUCCUCUCUCCUUUAAUUUCUGUACACACCAUCUCGAUGGAAACCCCACUCGUCCCUUUUGAAAUGUGUGAAUCCAGAAGCCCGGGCUAAAUCCCGUCUUUGGCUCUGGGAGGUGUGUGUGAGGCAACAUUAGCGUUAGCAUGGAUGGACACUGAAAAUUGAAAGGGCCCUCUGUUGUGAAUGGAGCAGAGCUAACAGAUAGCCAUGUAGCUACUUCCUAUUUGGAUUAGUGACAACUGGGAUGUCUGGCUGGCUGCUUGGCUUAGACCACCUGUGUGUUCCAAAAGCUUCAUCUCUUUAUCAAACAGAAUCCUUCUUUUUACCACUUAGAAUUCAAAUGUGCUCCUACUGAACACUGAACAAGUUCCUGCGACAGAAGUUGUACCGGUACCCCAUGUAUAUAGCCUCCCUACUGUUAUUUUAUUUUUUACUUAUCAAUUUUUUACUUAACUUACUUUUUUUUUUCUUUUUUUUAAACUGCAUUGUUGGUUAAGGGCUUGUAAGUAAGCAUUUCACUGUAAUGUCUACACCUGUUGUAUUCGGUGCAUGUGGCAAAUUACAUUUGAUUUGAUUUAAAGAAUAAAUAAAAACAGAGAUUAGAAUAACUCGAGAAAAAAAGGGAGCCUGCUGGUUGAUUUUGAAUGAAGAGGGAUUUGAAUAGCUGAGUUCAGAGGUCAAGCUGGCCCUUUUGGGAGAAGCGGGCGGGGAAAGGGGUGAGAGCAGGACGGGAGAAUGCACAUUGUGAUGGAAAAGUUUUGGGGGACAAAAGAGGCAACUGGCUCGGCUUUGCAUUACAUUGUGCAGACAGUCCCCCCUUUGUCUCUCACCCCUGGUCAUGAGGCCUUGGAAGGUUUUCUCCCCUUCUCCCCCCCUCUUUUGGGGAGCAGUGGUGAAAAGGAGGACAAAGAAAAACAGUAAGCUUGUAGUACGGCAGGCGUUUUGAUGAAUGCAGCCAUCUCUGUCAUGGAGGGCUCUCAUCAUAAUGUAUGUAAACUUCCAGGGAUAGACUGGGAAUAGUUUGGGCUUGUUAAGAUCACUCUAGUGAUACACACUCACUCACUCCCUACCUCUUCUUGUUUUUCCAGGCUUUGCUGGGUACCUUUGCCAGAUAGAUAUUGAUGAGUGUGCCAGCACGCCUUGCAAGAAUGGCGCCAAGUGCACGGACGGCCCUAACAAGUACACCUGUGAAUGCACUGAAGGUAUAAAAACAGCACAUUGUUAUAUUUAGUAACACAUUCCCUCGACUCCAACCCCAUUCGAUGCAUUGAACAGAUGUGGGUGGAGCAAUGGUGCAAAUUAAAAGCUUAAUACGUAAGCUUAAUAAAGAGCAGUGAUAUUAGCAGGAGCAGUGUGCGGGUUUCUUCUUUUUACUCAUAAAAACAACAACAAAACAACAAUCAAUGAUUUCAAAAGAAACAAAAACUGAUUGAAUGUUUUCUGGCUCCUGAAUAGAAUGGAGAGAAAUGAGACUGAAGUGACCAACAUGUCUUUCUACCAGGUUACACGGGGCAACACUGUGAGACUGACAUCAAUGAGUGUUUCUCGGACCCCUGUCACUAUGGUACCUGUAAGGAUGGCCUGGCCUCCUUCACCUGCUACUGUCGCCCUGGUUACACGGGCCGGCUGUGCGAGACCAACAUUAACGAGUGUCUGAGUCAGCCCUGUCGGAACGGAGGCAUCUGCCAGGACCGCGAGAACUCCUACAUCUGCACCUGCCCCAAGGGCACUGCAGGUCAGACGCACGCACGCACGCACGCACGCGCACACACACACACACUAAAAGACUUCUCCUCUCAGCUCGAAACUGUCCUCGACAAUAAAUAAAAUCACCCAGAUUUACUUUAAUCUGUGAAAAUGUUACUAUAGAAACUUUGACGCUAAUUUCUUUGCUUCUAGGUAUAAACUGUGAAGUCAACCUGGACGACUGCAAGAGCAAGCCAUGUGACUACGGGACAUGCCUCGACAAGAUCAACGGCUACGAGUGUGCCUGCGAGCCCGGCUAUAGCGGUAAGUAGCUACAGUAGGGGACCAGUUUGUCUGUUUGUGGUACUCCAACCUCUCCUAUUCAGACCUCUCAGGUGAGGGCAGGACAAACAAGAGCAUAGAGGGUAGGGUGGAGGGAUGGAAGAGGGGGAGAGGUGACAGAUGGUAAGUGAAUGCACUCCUUUUGAGGCCUUCUGUGGCGGUGUCACUUUCCAGACCCCCCCCCCCAACCUGUUGCCUAGACACACAAGCUGGCCUCUCUCACCAGGCUCUGAAAGGACCAACACUCACCGGGGAUUUCACAGGAGGAAAGAUCCCCUGAAAGAUUCCUGAAAGUUGAUAUUUUAAAAGGGGGGGAAGUUGGUCCGUGCUUUAGGGCUAAAUGGCCUCUCUUUAUGUUAUGCGUGGCACCCGCUGAAUGGCGGCGGCAUUUCAAGUGGCCAACAAAACCGGACUUAAAAAUCCCAUGUUUCUCGAGGUGGAUACAUUUACUGUGGGGAUAUAGUGCCCAUUGUGUGGUCCAUUGUCUGGUGUAGCACGGGUUGGGCUUUGUGUUUUACUUCAAAAUGAUAUCUUCAUGGAUUCUGACCAAGUCCAAACUCCAAAGAUUACGACAUGAUAUUAUGUUAGAAGUUUCAUAAGUUCUAAUUAUAAGGUGUUAUUAAUUUGUACAGGUAACUGCCAAAAUAAGGGAAACACUUGAGUAAAUGAGGGAUACAAAGUGUAUUGAAAGUAGGUGCUUCCACACAGGUGUGGUUCCUGAGUUAAUUAAGCAAUUAACAUCCCAUCAUGCUUAGGGUCAUGUAUUAAAAUCCUGGGCAGGCCAUUAUUUUGGCUACCAUGGCUAUUACCCCAUAGGAUGACAAUGCCCCCAUCCACAGGGCACGAGUGGUCACUGAAUGGUAUAAGCCAUAUGCCAUGGCUGUCUCAGUCACCAGAUCUUAACCCAAUUGAACACUUAUGGGAUAUUCUGGAGCAGUGCCUGAGACGGUGUCUUCCAACCAUCGUCAACAAAACACAGACUUAUGGAAUUUCUGGUGGAAGAAUGGCGUCGAAUCCCUCCGAUAGAGUUCCAGACACUUGUAGAAUCUAUGCCAAGGUGCAUUGAAGCUGUUCUGGCUCGUGGUGGCCCAAUGCCCCAUUACAACACUUUAUGUUGGAGUUUCCUUUACGUUGGCAGUUACCUGUAACAUUUUCUAACACCAAUUGAAUCAGUUUGUAAACUCUAAAUGUUCCUAGUUCUAUAAAGUUGAGACACUACUGUACGAGAGGUCAGAGAAGUAAACAUCUUCCUGGGUUCUGGUUCACAGGGACCAUGUGCAACAUCAACGUUGACGAAUGUGCCCUCAACCCGUGUCACAACGGUGGCACCUGCAUCGAUGGCAUCAACAGCUUCACCUGUCUGUGUCCAGAGGGUUACCAUGACGCCACCUGCUUCGCCCAGGUCAACGAGUGCCUUAGCAACCCAUGUAUCCAUGGCCACUGUCAGGACAAAGUCAAUGGGUGAGUCUGUCUUUCUCAUCUGUUUCAAUGCCAAGGAAAUCACUAAGUUGUGUUUCAUUUACAGCUAGAAAUCUUCCUUACGUGUAUGGUAUGAAUAUAUCUACAGUAAAUCCCUAAGCAUUGAUAAAAAGUGUGGAUUUUAGGACUCAAAGUGGAAGUUAGUGUCUGUUACUCUGAUAUUGAGCUUUCCCAUUUUUUCCUUAGUUACCACUGUCUGUGUGACAAUGGCUGGAGUGGCAAGAACUGUGACAUCAACAACAACGAGUGUGAGUCCAACCCCUGCAUGAACGGAGGCACCUGCAAGGAUAUGACCAGCGGAUAUGUCUGCUCCUGCAGAAUCGGCUUCACUGGUGAGUAAAUGUGUGUGUACGUGUGUAUGGUCCUCGAGAUCACACUCCCACCAUCAAUACAUUGUAUACUGUUUUGAUCUGUUUGGUCUAUUUGACCCUGACUCUAACUCAAACUCAUGUGCUUGAUAUCUUCUUGACCUUUUGAUUCCAGGUCCAAGCUGUCAGACCAACAUCAACGAAUGUGCCUCCAACCCCUGCCUGAACCAAGGGACCUGCAUCGAUGAUGUCUCUGCCUACAAGUGCAACUGCCUACUGCCAUAUACUGGUAUGAACAUAAUAUUUGGCUAUUGUGAAAUAUUUGUCUGAUUGUCUGUCUAAGCGUAAUGUUUUGGUAUUUCCUUGCUGUGGGGCUCAAAGUUCUAGCUUCUCUAAGGCAUUGGACAUACGGGAAAAACAUGCUCUGGAAGACCAAGCUGUCAAUGAAAUUUCAGCAGCAAGAUUUCCUCUUGGCUAAAACUCCAGCGAUUGUUGUGUUGACGUUGGCCCUCCAUGACAACUUGACAAGUGUCCCUGAUAACAGUACAGGGAAAUAUUUUUCAGAAGUCCUCACAUCCAUUCCUCCCUCGUAUUAUUUGAUAAAACAGAUAAUGAUGGACUGACUGCCUUUGGGCAACCUUUUUUAUUUAUUAUUCUUUUUGGAAAAUUCCACCCGGCGUUGAGAGCUGGAAUAAUAGUGGCUCUGGUUGUGUGAUGGAGGGGUGGGAACUGAACGGCCCAGCUGCUUGACACAUUUCCUGUUUGCAGACUUCCUGUCUCACAGAACAGCAAAUGCCUUGACAAUAGCAGGAAACUCCAGCCUGCUUCCUGUCCGUGCUGGGUGUCGUGGAAACAGAUAGGGAAAUGUCUCCGUAGGCCCAACCAGCUCUGCUCUCUAACACUCACAUACUUUUUCACUGUGGGCAAGAAGCCUCCUGAUAGCCUCCUGAAUGAAGUGUGUGUUUAAAUGUCCAAUAAAAACAUUAUUUAUGUAGGGCGGUCUAUCCAGACACCCACUACUUCCAGUUAUGAUACUCUAGUUCCGAAAACAAUAAUGUUAGACGCAGUAAUAAUAUGAGAACAAUAGUAUUGAACACUUUUCAUGUCCAAUAUCUAAAAGUGUGUGUGGUGUGUGUGUGUAUGUGAUAGGUGAGAACUGUGAGACCCUGCUGGCACCCUGCAGCCCCAAGCCCUGUAAGAACGGAGGUGUGUGUCAGGAGUCUGAAGACUACGAGAGGUUCUCCUGUGUGUGUCCAGAAGGCUGGCAAGGUGAGCGAGCAAUAUAUUUACAGUAGAUUAUAUGUAAUUCCUAUGCAUGUACAGUGCCUUCAGAAAGUAUUCACAGCCCUAUACCUUUUCCACAUUUUGUUGUGUUACAGCCUGAAUAAAACAUUUGAUUAAAUUGAGAUUUUGUGUUGCUAAUCUACACACAAUACCCCAUAAUGUCAAAGUGGAAUUUUGUCUUGAGUCAAUAAGUGUUCAACCCCUUUGUUAUGGCAAACCUAAAUACGUUCAGGAGUAGAAAUGUGCUUAACAAAUCACAUAAUAAGUUGCAUGGACAAAUUCCGUGUUCAAUAAUAGUGGUUAACAUGAUUUUUGAAUAACUACCCCAUCUCUGUACCCCACACAUACAAUUAUCUGUAAGGCCCUUCAAUCGAGUAGUGAAUUUAAAGCACAGAUUCUACCACAAACUCCAGAGGUUUUUCAGAAGGAAACUGCUCAGGGAUGUUGACUUUCAAACACCAAUGGGACUUUAAAAUACUUACAGAGUUUAAUGGCUGUGAUAAGAGAAAACUGAGGAUGGAUCAACAACAUUGUAGUUACUCCACAUUACUAACCUAAAUGACAGAGAAAAAGAAGGAAGCCUGUACAGAAUAAAAAUAUUCCAAAACAUGUGGCAAAGAAAUUAACGUUAUGUCCUGAACACAAAGCGUUAUGUUUGGGUGCAAAUCCAACAAAACACAUCACUGAGUAACAUUCUUCAUAUUUUCAGACAUGGUGGUGGCUGCAUCAUGUUAUGGGUAUGCUUGUCAUCGGCAAGGACUAGGGAGUUCUUUAGGAUAAAAAAACGGAAUACAGCUAUAAGCACAGGCAAAAUCCUAGAGGAAAACCUGGUUCAGUCUUCUUUCCAACAGACACUGGGAGACGAAUUCACCUUUCAGCAGGACAAUAACCUAAAACACAUGGCCAAAUCUACACUGGAGUUGCUUACCAAGAUGACGUUGAAUGUUCCUGAGUGGCUUAGUUACAGUUUUGACUUAAAUCGUCUUGAAAAUCUAUGGCAAGACUUGAAAAUGGCUGUCUAGCAAUGAUCAACAAUCAACUUGACAGAGCUUGAAGAAUUUUAAAAAGAAAAAUGGGCAAAUAUUGUACAAUCCAGGUGUGCAAAGCUCUUAGAGACUUACCCAAAAAGUCGCACAGCUGUAAUCGCCGCCAAAGGUGCUUCUACAAAGUAGUUGCUAAAAUGUCUAAAAACAUGUUUUCACUUUGUCAUUAUGGGGUAUUGUGUGAAGAUGGGUGAAAAAAUAUAUAUUUAAUCAAUUUUGAAUUUAGGCUGUAACACAACAACAUGUGGAAUAAGUCAAGGGGUAUGAAUACUUUCUGAAGGCAGAAAUGUAUGUUAUCUGUAUUAUGUUAUCUGUAUGUUAUCAUAUCAAAAUAUGUCUAUAUCAACAUAUGAAAAUGGGCAAAUAAUCUCAGUGUUGUAUAGUAAGCCUCUCCCCUCCCUCCUUUCCACUACCCUCUAUAGGCCAGACCUGUGAAGUGGACAUUAACGAGUGUGUGAAGAACCCCUGUCUCAAUGGGGCCACCUGCGAGAACACCAAAGGCAACUACCGCUGUGGCUGCAAGGCUGGCUACACUGGCCGCAACUGUGAGACCAACAUUGAUGACUGCAAGCCCAGUAAGUCUCCUAUCAUCUCAUCUUCAUGAAUUCCUCAUAAAAACAGGUUAAUAUGAGACAGUGGCUGUGUCUCAAUACUCUAAAGUGGCUCCCUUCUCCUCUUUUCUUUUUAUGACUGAGUUGCUGCCAGUCUGCUAAGUUAUUAGCUAACCUCUCUCCCUCCUCUCUUCCCCCAUAGACCCCUGCAGCAAUGGAGGUUUCUGUCGGGAUGAGGUGGACAACUUUGUGUGCACCUGCCUGCCUGGUUUCCGUGGCACUAAGUGUGAGGAGGACAUCAACGAGUGUGACAGUAACCCAUGUAAGAAUGGAGCCAACUGUACAGACUGUGUCAACAGCUACACCUGCACCUGUCCACCUGGCUUCGGUGGGAUACACUGUGAGAACAACACACCUGACUGCACUGAGAGGUAAAGAGAACUUGAAUUCCUAUUUAGUUUGGAUUUCUCUUCCUCACAUGGCCUGUUGCGUCUCUGUCACAAACGGCGAAUGCGUCUCCUAACUACUUUCUCUUGUCCACUUCUGCCCCCUGUGGCAGAAAGUUUAAUAACACAAAAUGACUCAAAUAUCCCAUUAUAGCCCAAGAUGUUCACUCUCAAUUCACUUUACUAACUGGACUUAAAAAUACCCUGUUUUAAAGUGAAUUGAAUUUGGUUUUUGAAUAACACUUCUGGUAUUGCUUUGUGGAUGUUUUGUUUAACAUUUAUGUUAUUUUUCCCCAGCUCCUGUUUCAAUGGUGGGACGUGUUUGGACGGCAUCAACACCUACACCUGCCUGUGCCCACCUGGCUUCACUGGCAGCUACUGCCAACACGACAUCAACGAGUGUGACUCCAGACCCUGCCUGAAUGGAGGCACCUGCCAGGACAGCUAUGGCACCUACAAGUGCAACUGUCCCCAGGGCUACACUGGACUCAACUGCCAGGUACAGUACAGGCCCAGUCACACUGACUUUACAGUAGACUAGCUGUAGGCUAAAUACCAGGUUGUUAUUGUCAAGUAAAAUGUGCUUUUAUGGAUCAUGUACUUGGCUACAUAAAGGUGGUAUAAAUAACUGUAGCUAGAAGUUAGUUAACCACUGUGUCUCCUCAGAAUCUGGUACGCUGGUGUGACUCGUCCCCCUGUAAGAACGGGGGCACAUGUUGGCAGACUGGCACUACUUACAGCUGUGAGUGCCAGACCGGUUGGACAGGGCUCUACUGUGAUGUGCCAAGCGUCUCCUGCGAGGUGGCAGCCAAACAGAGAGGUAACACUGGGGGUGUGAAGGAGGGUGUUUGUGUGUCAGUCCUUCUGCAUGUAUGAGGUGUGUUUGAGGAAUGUGUGUGUGUGUUUGUGUUAGCCUCAAUCAUCACUAUGCUAUUAAUUUCACACCACUAACAAAACACAGACUACAUACUGAUCUCUGUUCCCCUCCCAUCUCUCUGCCCUCCAGGUGUGGAGGUAGUUGCUCUGUGUCGUAACUCAGGCCAGUGUCUGGAUUCAGGGAACACUCACUACUGCCACUGCCAGGCGGGCUACACAGGCAGCUACUGUGAAGAGCAGGUGGAUGAGUGCAUCCCCAACCCCUGUCAGAACGGAGCCACCUGCACUGACUUCCUAGGAGGGUACUCCUGCAAGGUAGGCGGCUCACUAGGAACACAGCACUGUGGCAUAUGCACAUUACAUCCAAUUGGUACGAAUUGUCCUAAUUAAGUUACAUCAAAUUUACACUACCGUUCAGAAGUUUGGGGUCACUUAGAAAUGUCCUUGUUUUCCACGAAAACAUACAUUAAAUGAGUUUGAAUAGGAAAUGUAGCAAAAUGCCUAGGAAAUGUAGUCAUUGACAAGGUUAGAAAUAAUGAUUUUUAAUUGAAAUAAUAAUUGUGUCCUUCAAAUUUGCUUUCGUCAAAGAACCCUCCAUUUGCAGCAAUUACAGCCUUGCAGACCUUUGGCAUUCUAGUUGUCAAUUUGUUGAAGUAAUCUGAAGAGAUUUCACCCCAUGCUUCCUGAAGCACCUCCCACAAGUUGGAUUGGCUUGAUGGGCACUUCUUACGUACCAUAAGGUCAAGCUGCUCCCACAACAGCUCAAUAGGGUUGAGAUCCGUUGACUGUGCUGGCCACUCCAUUGUAGACAGAAUACCAGCUGACUGCUUCUUCCCUAAAUAGUUAUUGCAUAGUUUGGAGCUGUGCUUUGGGUCAUUGUCCUGUUGUAGGAGGAAAUUGAAUCCAAUUAAGCGGCCUUCACAGGGUAUGGCAUAGCGUUGCAAAAUGGAGUGAUAGCCUUCCUUCUUCAAGAUCCCUUUUACCCUGUACAAAUCUCCCACUUUACCACCACCAAAGCACCCCCAGACCACCACAUUGCCUCCACCAUGCUUGACAGAUGGCAUCAAGCACUCCUCCAGCAUCUUUUCAUUUGGUCUGCGUCUCACAAUUGUUCUUCUUUGUGAUCCGAACACCUCAAACUUCGAUUCGUCUGUCCCUAACACUUAUUUGCAAUCUUCCUCUGUCCAGUGUCUGUGUUCUUUGGCCCAUCUUAAUCUUUUAUUUUUAUUGGCCAGUCUGAGAUAUGGCUUUUUCUUUGCAACUCUGCCUAGAAGGUCAGCAUCCCGGAGUCGCCUCUUCCCUGUUGACGUUGAGACUGGUGUUUUGAGGACCUGUGAGGCGUCUGUUUCUCAAACUAGACACUCUAAUGUAUUUGUCCUCUUGCUCAGUUGUGCACCGGGGCAUCCCACUCCUCUUUCUAUUCUGGUUAGAGCCAGUUUGCGCUGUUCUUUGAAGGGAGUAGUACACAGCGUUGUACAAGAUCUUCAGUUUCUUGGCAAUUUCUCGCAUGGAAUAGCCUUCAUUUCUCAGAACAAGAAUAGACUGAUGAGUUUCAGAAGAAAGUUAUUUGUUUCUGGCCAUUUUGAGCCUGUAAUCGAACCCACAAUUGCUGAUGCUCCAGAUACUCAACUAGUCUCAAGAAGGCCAGUUUUAUUGCUUCUUUAAUCAGCACAACAGUUUUCAGCUGUGCUAACAUAAUUCCAAAAGGGUUUUCUAAUGAUCAAUUAGCCUUUUAAAAUGAUAAACUUGGAUUAGCAAACACAACGUGCCAUUGGAACACAGGACUGAUGGUUGCUGAUAAUGGGCCUCUGUACGCCUAUGUAGAUAUUCCAUUAAAGAUCAGCCAUUUCCAGCUACAAUAGCCAUUUACAACAUUAACAAUGUCUACACUAUAUUUCAGAUCAAUUUGAUGUUAUUUUAAUGGACAACAAAACAAUUGCUUUUCUUUCGAAAAUAAAUACAUUUUUAAGUGACCCUGAACUUUUGAACGGUAGUGUAAUUGUAUCCAUUAUUUCUCAGGUGCUGGGUGAAAUGCAUAACAAAUGUAGCCUAAUGUAGAAAUGAUACCUAGGCCGAACAGCGAUUCAUGUGGCCAAAAAAGUGUGCAUUUCCUGGUCUUGGUCUCGUAGAAACAUUGUCAGUCAUGUUCACUUUCCAUUGAAUGAUUUAAAUCAGAAAACAAAUCAGUGUGUGGGUGUUCUUUCUAAAUAAUUUUUCCUAUCAAACUGUAUCCAGACUGAUGACAAAAGGUUGUUUAUAAACAGACUCACAAACUGCUCAUUUAUGUACAGUUGAAGUCGGAAGUUUACAUACAACUUAGCCAUAUACAUUUAAACUCUGUUUUUCACAAUUCCUGACAUUUAAUCCUAGUAAAAAUGCCCUGUCUUAGGUCAGUUAGGAUCACCACUUUAUUUUAAGAAUGCGAAAUGUCAAAAUAAUAGUAGAGAGAAUGAUUUAUUUCAGCUUUUAUUUAUUUCAUCACAUUCCCAGUGGGUCAGAAGUUUACAUACACUCAAUUAGUAUUUGGUAGCAUUGCCUUAAAUUGUUUAACUUGGGUCAAACGUUUCAGGUAGCCUUCCACAAGCUUCCCACAAUAAGUUGGGUGAAUGUUGGCCCAUUCCUCCUGACAGAGCUGGUGUAACUGAGUCAGGUUUGUAGGCCUCCUUGCUCGCACACACAUUUUCAGUUCUGCCCACACAUUUUCUAUAGGAUUGAGGUCAGCGCUUUGUGAUGGCCACUCCAAUACCUUGACUUUGUUGUCCUUAAGCCAUUUUGCCACAACUUUGGAAGUAUGCUUGGGGUCAUUGUCCAUUUGGAAGACCCAUUUGCGACCAAGCUUUAACUUCCUGACUGAUGUCUUGAGAUGUUGCUUCAAUAUAUCCACAUAAUUUUCCUUCCUCAUGAUGCCAUCUAUUUUGUGAAGUGCACCAGUCCCUCCUGCAGCAAAGCACCCCCACAGCAUGAUGCUGCCACCCCCGUGCUUCACAGUUGGGAUGGUGUUCUUCGGCUUGCAAGCCUUCCCCUUUUUCCUCCAAACAUAACCAUGGUCAUUAUGGCCAAACAGUUCUAUUUUUGUUUCAUCAGACCAGAGGACAUUUCUCCAAAAAGUAUGAUCUUUGUUCCCAUGUGCAGUUGCAAACCGUAGUCUGGCUUUUUUAUGGCGGUUUUGGAGCAGUGGCUUCUUCCUUGCUGAGCGGCCUUUCAGGUUAUGUCGAUAUAGGACUCGUUUUACUGUGGAUAUAGAUACUUUUGUACCUGUUUCCUCCAGCAUCUUCACAAGGUCCUUUGCUGUUCUGGGAUUGAUUUGCACUUUUUGCACCAAAGUACGUUCAUCUCUAGGAGACAGAACACGUCUCCUUCCUCAGCGGUAUGACGGCUGCGUGGUCCCAUGGUGUCUAUACUUGCGUACUAUUGUUUGUACAGAUGAAUGUGGUACCUUCAGGCAUUUGGAAAUUGCUCCGAAGGAUGAACUAGACUUGUGGAGGUCUUUCUGAGGUCUUGGCUGAUUUCUUUUGAUUUUCCCAUGAUGUCAAGCAAAGAGGUACUGAGUUUGAAGGUAGGCCUUGAAAUACAUCCACAGGUACACCUCCAAUUGACUCAAAUUAUGUCAAUUAGCCUAUCAGAAGCUUCUAAAGCCAUGACAUCAUUUUCUGGAAUUUUCCAGAAUUACUUGUGUCAUGCACAAAGUAGAUGUCCUAACUGACUUGCCAAAAUAAUAGUUUGUUAACAAGAAAUUUGUGGAGUGGUUGAAAAACGAGUUUUAAUGACUCCAAUCUAUGUGUAUGUAAACUUCCGACUUCAACUGUAGAUCUCUGAUGGAAGAGAAUUUGCUGUCCUGUGUAGAAAACUGGCAAAACAACCAGGUAAACAGAAACAGCCUUGUUUCAUGUCACUCAUUGAUUUGUCUUUUCCCUCUCCUCUCCUAGUGUGUGCCGGGAUACGUCGGUACCAACUGCUCCAAUGAGAUCAAUGAGUGUUUCUCCCAGCCGUGCCAGAACGGAGGCACCUGCAUUGACCUGAUCAAUACCUACAAAUGCUCCUGUCCCAGGGGAACCCAAGGUCAGGGCCCUGCCACCCACCUCCACACACUCUUCCACAACACCCCCCUCCCUCUCUCUAUCCCUCUUUCCGUGCUCCUCUCCAGCCUCCCACUCUCUCUCUGUCUAUUCCUCUCUCUCCCCCCCAGUCUCCACUGUUCCUCUCCGCCCUCUCCCCUCUCUCUCUCUCUCUCUCUCUCUCUCUCUCUCUCUCUCUCUCUCUCUCUCUCUCUCUCCAUCCACCACACUUCAUUAAUUAGGGCUUAACAGCGUCCAGCACAUGUCCGAAACUCUCGUCCCCGUCAAACACGGGAUUGAUUUUUCUCUCGGUCAUGAAGGGAGUGUGUCUUGUUGGUCAGCUAAAGUGCUGGUGAAAUGAAUGUAGCCAAAAAAGUGUGGUUUUAUAGAAGCAAACGAGAGAAAACCUUUUGAAACGGUAAAUGAAAAUGUGUAUUGGACAAGUGCAGGUAGUACAUCCAUCCUCCUUUGAUCCCUUAUGGUGGUGUCCCAGCUGAGUGUUUUAGAAGAGGCUGACUGUUCCUCUCCUCUCUCCCUCCCGUCCUCUACCUCGCAGGCGUUCACUGUGAGAUCAACAUAGACGACUGCAACCCCUUCACGGACCCCAUCACCAACGAGCCCAAGUGCUUCAACAAGGGGAAGUGUGUGGACAGGGUGGGAGGUUACCACUGCAUCUGUCCCGCCGGCUACGUUGGGGAGCGCUGUGAGGGGGACGUCAACGAGUGCCUGUCCAACCCAUGUGAUACCCGUGGGACACACAGCUGCAUCCAGCUCACCAACAACUACCGCUGUGAUUGCCGAACUGGAUACACAGGUAACAUAUAUAAUCUACAGGAGGCAGACAUGUUGGAUCUGACUGGAGAGUGGGGUUGGGUUUAGUUUCAUGUCAAUUACUGUCACGAUCGUCGGGAACAGAGGACCAAGGCGCAGCGUGGAAGGUGAACAUAUCUUUAUUAUUUGAGUAAUACCACGAACAAAACGAUAAACGAUAACGUGACGUCCUCGGUUCAGACACAAACCUAAACAGGAACAAGAUCCCACAAACACUGUGGGAAAACUGUCUGCCUAAGUAUGGUUCCCAAUCAGAGACAACAAGCAACAGCUGAUACACGUUGCCUCUGAUUGAGAACCACACUGGCCAACCUAGAAAUACUAACCUAGAACGAAAAACAAAUGAAAACUCACACCCUGGCUCAACAUACUAGAGUCCCCAGAGCCAGGGGGUGACAAUUACAGUUAUUUCAUGGGGUUUAUAUGGGAAAGCAAGGACAAACUGAAUUAAUUUAGUCUUUUUUUAUUGUUGACAUUUGUCUGUCUUUUUCAAGACAAAUCACUGGCCUUGCAGGAGAAAUCCCAACAGUAAAAAAAAUUAUAUUAUACCACCUCGUCUCUGUUUUUCUAUAGUAUAUAACCCCAGAAGAUAAGUAUUUACUCUGUAUGGCAUUAAAUGUUAACCUGUGAUUGGCUUAUUUAUAAGGGGAAGUUUCAGUCCUUGAUGCAACCAUCUCUCUCUCCCUUACAGGCCAGCGUUGUGACACAGUGUUUGACGGCUGUAAGGGCAAACCCUGUCGUAACGGCGGGACUUGUGCCGUAGCUAGCAACACUCCUCACGGCUUCAUCUGCAAGUGUCCACCUGUAAGUUCACACACAACCAAGGCUGCUGGCAUAUUAUACUGUAUACAAGACACAUACUGUGUAUAAAGAUAUUGAGCAGAUGUAUUACACUGUGUUGUCAUUCAUUCAAUGUACUGUAAUACACUUAAUAGUAAUAGUAGUACUAGAUUGACACAUUUCCUCUCCUUCCCCUCUACAGGGCUACACUGGCUCCACCUGUGAGUACGAUGCCCACUCCUGUGGCAGUCUCCACUGUCGGAACGGUGGCACCUGCCUCUCCGGAAACAAGAGCCCCAAGUGUCUAUGCCCGUCCUCGUUCACGGGGCCAGAGUGUGAAUACCCUACAGACAGCCCCUGUAACACCAACCCCUGCUACAACGGGGGAAUCUGUGAGUACAGCUCAGAGGCUCCAUACUACCACUGCGUAUGCCCCACCAACUUCAACGGCCUGCUAUGUCACAUCCUGGACUACAGCUUCCUGGGUGGGUUCGGCCGUGACAUCACUCCCCCGCCGGAGGUGGAGGUGAGCUGUGAGAUCCCCCAGUGUGAGGAGAGGAAGGGGAACAAGUUCUGUGAUACCUUGUGUAACAACCACGCGUGUGGCUGGGACGGGGGCGACUGCUCGCUCAACUUCAACGACCCGUGGAAGAACUGCACGUCGUCCCUGCAGUGCUGGCGUUACUUCAAUGACGGGAAGUGUGACGAGCAGUGCAACAACGCCGGCUGUCUCUAUGAUGGCUUUGACUGUCAGAACCUGGAGGGCCAGUGCAAGUGAGUGUCAUCAGGGUCUAAACACUGAAUACUAGCUAAGGGGAGGCCAGUCCUCAUGGAGAGCUACUGGCUAUGCAGGGUUCUGCUCUAGACCUACUAUAAAACACUUGAUUCAGCUAAUGCUGUAGAUAAUAGAUGAUAAAUAAAGUCUGAGUAGAGAUACAAGCUUUUCUUUAAUCAUUAUACAUCCCAUUAAAAGCCAUACUGAAUAAUACUCUAAUCUCUUGUCUCUCCAGCCCUCUAUACGACCAGUACUGUAAAGACCACUAUGCGGACGGCCACUGUGACCAGGGCUGCAACAACGCUGAGUGUGAGUGGGAUGGUCUGGACUGUGCCAACAACAUGCCAGAGAAGCUCGCGGUGGGCCGCCUGGUCAUCGUGGUCCACAUCAUGCCCGACCAGCUCCGGAACAACUCGUUUGGCUUCCUGCGCGAGCUGAGCCGCGUUCUCCACACCAACGUGGUGUUCCGGCAGGACGCCAAGGGAGAGAUGAUGAUCUACCCGUACUACGGCAGUGAGCAGGAGCUGAACAAACACAACAUAAAGCGCUCAGUGGGCUGGACAGAGAUCCCUGGCACCAUGCUCAGCUCCAUGAAGAACAGCCUGUAUACUAUAGCCAAUGGAAACAGACGCAGACGCAGGGAGCUGGACCCCAUGCUGAUCAAAGGGUAAGGAUUAGAGAAAUGUUCUGGAAACAAACCUCAUUUGGAAUCUGGAUUUUAGCUGAAUUUUCAUGCAACCCUCACAUUGUCAUGAAUGUAAAAUGUGAAAGUCAAGCUAGGACUAAGCUCUUUGUUGUGGAAAGUAAACUGUCCUUUCAUAUCUUUAGUUUUCCAUCGCUAUAGCUGAUUAUAUAACAAAUAUAUUAGUGUCUGGCUUUCUAAGAACUUCUGCUAGUUCUCUGAACAGAAACCAUUGUGCUCUACUACGUCUCUCUGGGUUUUAGAUCAGGUCAAAUGUGUAUAAUAUGACUCUGUCCUCCACAGCUCCAUAGUGUACCUGGAGAUUGACAACCGCCAGUGCUUUCAGCAGUCCACAGAGUGCUUCCAGAGUGCCACCGAUGUAGCAGCCUUCCUGGGGGCCCUGGCCUCCAGUGGAAACCUCAACAUUCCCUACAUCAUAGAGGCUGUUCACAGUGAGUUUCUAUCUUCUUCCAUGCUAACAGUCACCAGGCCAAGAGUACUGCGGCAACACGCCAGGUCUGCACCCCUAAUGCCCCCUUAAUCAUACCUCAGCCCUACACACACACACACACACACACACACACACACACACACACACACACACACACACACACACACACUGAAGGUAUUCAUCCCCUAGGUCUUAACCCUCCAACACCACAAAAGGGUGAUGGGGUGUUCUUUGAUUGUGUAUUUGGUAUUCAACAAUGGAACAAAUGUAAUUGUGAAUCACAUGAACUAAACAAUCAAUGCAGCAGUCUGUGUGUAAAUCCAAUGGCUUCAGGCUCCAAAAUGGUUAAUUGCCGUAAAUCAACUAAUCCAGCCCCCUACCCUAUCCACAUACCAUUCUAACACACACACACACACACACACACACACACACACACACACAAACACACACACACACACACACACACACGCACACACACGCACACACGCACACACUCUCACUCUCACACACACACAUACACACACACACACACACACACACACAUUUAUCCCACAUUGUAAGGCUGCUGCAACCUUCAGCUUGCUGAAUGUAAUACCAGGACUUUAUGUAUCUCUAAGGGUUUGGGUUGGGAGAGUUUAUCAUUUCAAAAUCAUUAGUACAAAAAAAAGAGAAGAAGAAUUGAUCGGGAGUGUGCUAGUCUUUGUUAUCUUGAAAAUCCUAAUAAAUCCUUGGUCUUUACAGCUUAAAGCGCGUGCAGUAAUUUGAAGUUCAUUAAUCCCUCCCUUUUUUCCCUUAAAGAAGAAAUGGUAGAGUUGUCUCCUGGUACCCUGGGCUGAGAGGGGAGAGGAGGUGGUGGUGGUUUUUUAAUUUUUUUAUCGCUAGCUCUAUUUGAUGAAAAGUGGUUAGCAAUUCUGAUUAUUACAGAAUAGGAACAACCUUGUUUUACAAACGGCGCUCAUCAUUCCCGUUGUAGCUCUGGCCGUGGAAUACUAGGACUAGGCUCCAGGAGGGGGUUUCACUAGACUAGAGGAGCUGGACUAGCAGUCCUCCUCAGACCAACUCAGCGCCUGCCUGCCUGCCUGCCUGCCUGGGUUCUCAGGCUGCGCCGCUGUCCGACUUACCAUGUUGUCCUUUUCCCCUCCAGGUGAGGUUGACCCCCAGCCUCCGUCGGAGCUUUACCCCAUUUACGUGGUCCUGGCCGGGCUGGCCCUCCUGGCUUUCGUGGGAGUGGGGAUGGUCGCCUCACGGAAGCGUCGUCGCGAGCACGGCCAGUUGUGGUUCCCGGAGGGUUUCAAGACCAGUGAGCCCAACAAGAAGAAGAGGAGGGAGCCGGUGGGGGAGGAUUCAGUGGGGUUGAAGUAAGUGUCCCUGGUUUCCAUGCGCCACCACAUCGUUUUCCCACCAUGGGUCACAGUUUGUUUGUUGUGGGUUUGGUCGUUGCAGGGUGUGGAACGGUGAAGAGAGUUUAUGGUACUGAGGGAUGUAGCUGGCGAUGAGAAAGAGGAGGGGACGGGGUGUGUUCGGAUCAUUAAUGAUAAUGAUACAGCAGGUAUAGGUAACGGGCACAUUAAUUGACUUGUCGGAGCGGUGGGGGGGGGUCAAUGCUUUUGUUUCAGAGUUGGUGCACUGCCACUAAGGAAGAGGGUUCAGCUGGGAUAGUUAGCUAGCUCACUUGCUGUAUCAGAAUUUUCAAUGGGAUUUCUCUCUGACCACAGGCCACUGAAAAACCCCUCGGACAUAUCACUGAUGGACGACAACCAGAAUGAAUGGGGAGAAGAGGAGCCUUCGGACGCCAAACGCUUUAGGGUGAGGAGUCUAAGGACACCAAACACUUUAGGGUGAGGAGUCUAAGGACCCCACAUACUGGAAUUGGGAGAGAAAGGCGGGAACAAGAGUAGAACAUGGACAUAUAAAGAAAUACCUAUAGAGAAAUAAUAAGAAAAGAUCUUCAGUCAGGGAUUUUCUCUUUAUCAUAAUUGAUAAUAGUCUUCAAAUAUCACUAGAUUCAAGUUUUUUUAUUUAUGCAUUUACAUAGGCUAUUCAAUCAAUUUAAUUAGCUUUAAUGUAAUAUCCACCAAUGUUUAGAUAUAGAAAAUAUAGUCUCAUUUGUGUUGGUUUUUGGUUUUAUUUUCCUGAAUGUCAGCAUUUUAGUAAGUAAAAGUUGGCUAGUUAAACAUUAGGCUACAAAUAGGUUUGAGCUGAAAUGCUUUGGCUGCGGUGUGAGAUAAUUGACUGUCCAUCUGCCCCUGAUCUGGUUCCAGCAGUUUGAGGAGCAGGCGAUGCUGGACCUGGAUGACCAGACAGACCACCGCCAGUGGACCCAGCAGCACCUAGACGCGGCUGAUCUCCGUAUCCCCUCCAUCGCCCCCACACCCCCUCAGGGCGAGAUCGAGAAUGACUGCAUGGACGUCAACGUACGGGGACCAGGUGUGUACACAACUGCUCGGUUCAUCGUUAGGGAAAUUAGGACUGAUUUUAACGGUGAACUUCAUACCCCUCCUAUUUGCCUUCUGACUGAUUAUGAGGGGAAUGUUUUUAUUAUUAAAUGUCAUGAAAUUACAUGACAAUAUUUGUGGUGAAUACAGAAUGUUUUACCAUUUAACUUGCAGAAUAUUGUACCAUUUAAUCAGUCACCUGGUGUGUAGGACUUCAGUAAAACGGUUAUGUGGAAUUGGUGAAUUCUGCCCCAGCUGCGGUGCACAGGUCAAGUCCAAAUAUUUUUUGAAUGGUACAUUUCAGUUAUCAGUACUGGUGUAGAGUUAGAAAGAUGAGAGCUGUACAUAAUUAUGAGUCAUUGGAAGUGGCAGGGUACAUUUAGAUAAAAAGAUAAGCUAUUAUUUUAUAACGAUUCACAUGAGCAUAACUCCUAAUUAGUUAUGCUCAUUAAAUUAAGUAAUUAACAUAGUUAUUCCUAUUUAAUUGUAUUGUAUUGUAUUACCUAAAAUCUUGCUUUGUAUAGAAGUUAAACAAAACUGUCUUAAUAUCAUGUUUUAAGGUAUUUUUCUGCCUCCUCAAAUAUUAGCUGUUUGAUUUACACCUUAUUUGAGUGAGCAAUAGCAAGGGAGAGAGACAGAGAGAGCGUGUGUGUGUAUGUGUGUGUAGGAGUAGCUAAAGCCCUGUGUCCUCGGGGUAAGGGGAUCCAGAUCAAAGCAUGCAGCUAGAAGCCAUAAACCCAGGGGAAAACUCCCUUCCUGAUUUCUGCUUACAUUCAUCAUUGGACAAUUAAUGGGUCGUUCUCGUCAUAUGCUUUAUUAAUAAAACCAAUAACAGAACAAAAAUCAAGAACACACUUUUAUUGAGAGCCAAACCCCCUGAAGAGUGUUUAAGAAAAUCUAAUGUAAGGCACUCUUCAACAGUAGAGCACAACACACAGCCUGAAUCGACCAAAUCUGUGAGAUCUGGGGGCUUGCUAUUAUUUUGAAGAGGAGAAACCCAUCCAAGUCGACUGGCUGAGCCUCCUCUCAGAGAUGAUAAUGCUCAGUUUUCCAUCUGCCUAGGUUUACCCAAGCUCUUUGUCUUCAUGCAGCUCCCCAAUGCCGGGCUUGAUCAGAAUCCGUUAUCGAAAAGAGAGCUGUGAUGAUUCACCCAGGCAAAUGCAUCAAAUCCACAUUCAAUUUGUUUGUUGCUUUGAUCUUCCCCACACUUUGAAGUAUAGUUUGUACCAGGAACUGGGCUCUGUCUUAUGCUGACCCUGAGCUAGUGCACUGGACUGCCAAUGCUGAGGUGUGGUCAACUCCUCUGGUACUAAAGUAUGGUCUCUCCCUCCCUCUCUCCCUCUGUUCCAUCCAGAUGGCUUCACCCCCCUGAUGAUCGCCUCCUGCAGUGGUGGAGGUCUAGAAACAGGCAACAGCGAGGAGGAGGAAGACUCCUCUGCCAACGUGAUCAGUGAUUUCAUUUACCAGGGUGCUAACCUCCACAGUCAGACAGACCGCACAGGGGAGACCGCCCUUCAUCUCGCUGCCCGCUACGCCCGCUCUGAUGCUGCCAAGCGUCUUCUGGAGGCCAGUGCAGAUGCCAAUAUCCAGGACAACAUGGGCAAGACCCCGUUACACGCUGCCGUGGCCGCUGACGCACAGGGCGUCUUCCAGGUGGGGGGUCAAAUGCAGAUAUAUUUUGGUUUUUGUGUAGGAAAGAGAUCUACUGUAUUGGAUUGGCAAUGUGCACUUGUUUCCUUAGUAUCUUUAAAGAUAAUCUCAUACAACAGGGAUCAUCAACUAGAUGGUCGGGGGGCCGGAACAUAAUUACAAAUAAUUUGUAGACUGCAAAUUGACCGCAAGAAGCCUCAAACAGAUAUCAUAUUUGAAUAAAACAUAAUCAUUUCAAACCUUGCUUACAUUUGUAUACGAUCACGUGUAUCUCUGUUAUGCGUGGGAAAACUUGGGAACAGAGUUCCAAAAUUAAAAUCACUGAUUUCCUGGUGUUUUUACAGUCUUUUAUGUCCAAGAAUGAAAAACACCAAGAAACCACGGGCCGCCAGUUGGGGAACCCUGUCAUACAAGGUUAACCAACUCAUUGUAUCUUUCUGUAGAUUUUGAUCAGGAAUCGUGCCACAGACCUGGAUGCCCGCAUGCACGAUGGCACCACCCCUCUGAUCCUGGCAGCCCGCCUGGCAGUGGAGGGCAUGGUGGAGGAGCUCAUCAACUGCCAUGCUGACGUCAACGCUAUCGAUGACUUCGGUAGGGCUCUUAUCUCAAUGCUAUGUCUCUAUGGGCUCCAUGGCCUCAUCGUAUUCAUCUAGAGUAAAGGUGAAGCACAUUCAAUCGAUUCAUUAAAUAAAACAUGGAAUUUGUCAUUGGAAAUGGGCAGAAGAUAAGGUAAAGUACAUGUACUUUAACAAAAUGUUUUCUUACUUAGACUGAAAUAACGUGGGGAUUGGAAAAUUGUUAUAGUCAGGUUUCUUAAGGUCAGUUUAGACAGGUAUGGGUUGUGUACUGAACGUGUGUCUCUGCCUGUCUCUCUCUCUCUCCAGGCAAAUCUGCUCUGCACUGGGCAGCAGCAGUGAACAACGUGGAAGCAGCUACCGUACUACUGAAGAAUGGAGCCAACAAGGACAUGCAGAACAACAAGGUAAGGAAUCUCUGCCGCCUGAUGGAACACAAUAUAAUACAAUAUUUCUGUAAGCUACAUUCCUUUAUCAUUUAAGCUUUAUACAGGUUAUUGUCACUGAGAUAAAAUCUCUUUAGCAAGAGAGAGCUGUCUGUCUGUGGUCCACUGUAAACACAUUUAUCUCUGUGUGUCUCUGUAUCUGCCUCAGGAGGAGACCCCUCUGUUCCUUGCUGCCAGGGAAGGAAGCUACGAGACGGCCAAGGUCCUGCUGGAGCACUUUGCUAACCGCGAGAUAACUGAUCACAUGGACCGGCUGCCCCGAGACAUAGCGCAAGAGAGGAUGCACCAUGACAUCGUCCGUCUCAUGGACGAGUACAACCUGGUCCGCAGCCCGCCCAUGCACAGCCAUGGCCAUGGAGGCUCCAUGGGCACCACCCUAUCCCCUCCUCUCUGCUCCCCCAACAGCUACCUGGGCAGCAUGAAGCCCUUAGUCCAGAGCAAGAAGGCACGCAAGCACAGCGCCAAGGGCAUCGGCUGCAAGGACAGCAAGGACUUGAAGAACAAGAAGAAAACCUCCCAGGAUGGGAAGGGAGGAAGUCUGUUGGACAGCUCAGCUGUUCUGUCCCCCGUGGACUCCCUUGAGUCUCCACACGGGUAUAUCUCUGACGUGGCGUCCCCUCCCAUGAUGACUUCCCCCUUCCAGCAGUCCCCGUCCAUGUCGCUCAACCACCUCCAGGGGAUGUCCGACCCCCACAUGGGGGUCAACCACAUGGGCAUGCCCAACAAGCAGGAGCUAGCGCGCAUGCAGUUUGACCCGCUUCCGCCCCGUCUCACCCACCUUCCCUUGUCAGGCUCCAACGGCUCUGGGGGCAUGAAUGGCCAGUGUGAUUGGCUCUCCAGGAUGCACGCCAGCAUGGGCCAUUCCGGACAGUUCAACGCCAUGAGGGUUGGUCCUGUCGGGGGGCAGGGCGGUCUGCACCAGGGGGGCGGGCAGCACGGCAUGAUGACCUCUCUCCACACCGGGCUUCCUACCACCAGCCUGUCCCAGAUGUUGAGCUACCAGGGUCUGCAGAACACCCGGCUGGCCUCGCAGCCCCACCCCAUGCAGCAGGCCCAGCAGCAGAUGCAGCAGCAGAUGCAGCACCAACAGAACCUGCAGCAGCAGCUCCAGCAACAGCAACAGAGCAUCCAGCUGCAGCACCAGAACUCUAAUACUGGCAGCAGUGGCCAUGCCAGCAGCCAGAACUUCAUCAGCACCGAGCUGAGUGGUUCAGAGAUCCAGCAGGGCACAGGGAACCAGGGCUCCAUGCCCAUCCACACCAUCCUGCCCCAGGAGACCCAGAUCAUGAGCCAGAACCUGCCCAGCACCCAGUACCUUACCCCUCCAUCCCAGCAUAGCUACUCCGGCCCCAUGGACAACACCCCCAACCUCCAGCUACAGGUCCCUGACCACCCCUUUCUGACCCCCUCCCCCGGGUCUCCUGACCAAUGGUCCAGCUCAUCCCCGCAUUCUAACAUGUCUGACUGGUCGGAGGGUAUCUCAAGUCCACCAACCAGCAGCAUGCAGUCUCAGAUCGGACAUAUCCCCGACCAGUUCAAGUAG